AUGGCCUCGCCGACUCCAGAACGCGCCGACAAGUUCAGCAACGAGGAGGAGCUUGAGAUGGAGCUCAAAGAGCCGCUCCUGGAGGAGGAGGACACCGCGCUGCCCACCCCUGUACAGGCGACGGCGCCCAAGCCCAAACCGAAGCUCUCAGCUGCCGCAAUAAUCCCCGUAUGGAUCGUCCUGAGUUUGUCGGUCAUCAUCUACAACAAUUACCUGUACAACACUCUCAACUUCAAGUUCCCUGUGUGGUUGGUGACAUGGCACCUCACGUUUGCUACGAUAGGAACACGCAUAUUGCAGCGCACAACGCCCUUGCUCGACGGCGCCAAGGACGUUAACAUGACCAAGGAAAUGUUCAUCAAGUCCAUUCUUCCCAUCGGUGUCCUCUUCAGCGGUAGUCUGAUCCUCAGCAAUACGGCGUAUCUGUAUCUGAGUGUCUCCUACAUACAAAUGCUCAAGGCUUUUACACCAGUUGCCAUUCUUCUUAUUUCAUGGACCUUCCGUAUUCAAGAGCCCAAUAAGAAACUCGCGAUGAUUGUCUUGAUGAUCUCAAUUGGUGUCGCACUCGCAUCACACGGUGAACUGCGAUUCAACUUAUUUGGGUUCAUCAUCCAGGCAGCAGCCGUCGCGUUCGAAGCAUCACGUCUUGUCAUGAUACAGAUCCUUCUUCAUGGGCUAAAGAUGGAUCCCCUCGUGUCACUUCACUAUUACGCACCCGUCUGCGCGGCCAUCAACCUCGUUAUCCUCCCUUUCACCGAAGGCCUGGAGCCCUUCUACGAACUUGCACGGAUUGGCCCCCUCAUCCUCAUCUCGAACGCGUCCGUCGCGUUCCUCCUGAACGUCGCAGCCGUGUUCCUGGUCGGCGUUGGGAGUGGUCUUGUCCUCACGCUAGCAGGGGUGUUCAAGGACAUCCUCCUAAUCACCGGAUCAGUCUUGAUUUUCGGGGCCCAGAUCACGCCGCUGCAAGUCAUCGGUUACUCAAUAGCACUAGCGGGCCUCAUCCUCUUCAAGACUUCAGGCGGCAAGUAA